AAAAAAUUUUCUUUAGAAAAGAAAAAGGAAACAAAUAAUAUAUUUUUUGGUUUAGUUUUUGCUUUCUUCCUCUCCAAUUUUCGAAUAUCUUUUUUGGGAUUUUGGGCUUUGAUUUCCUUCUCGAUUUCGGUAUUAGGGUUCUCGUCUUUGAUUCUGUCGAUCUCUUUCGCGGUGGGGCAGAUCUCCAGUGGCCACUGUGUUGAAACCUUUUGCGCUAGUCGAGUCUGGGUUGUGUCAUUACAAAGUGUUCAGACUAUCAAGUAGGGAAGGAUGAAGAGUAGGAGAUGCACGUGGACUUAGUAUUCCUAAAUUUCUAGACAUUUAUGAGAAGGAAAAAGUACUAGAAAGGACAGUUGUAGCUACUGCAGGGGAGGGAAAAGAAGUGAAAGGAAUGAGUUGGUCUAAGAAGCCUGAAUGCGGAUUUUAAUGUAAAGUGGCAGGUUUUUGUUUUUGGUAAGAGGUUUACAUAGUAAUUUAGUCUCUUACAUGGACCAAAACUGGAAGUUGUUUCAGUAAUUAGGUAGUCUAGUUCAUGCUAGCGCUUACAGAAUGCCAUAAGAUAUAUCUUGAAGAAUGGAUGAUGACAAUGUUUUAUUUUCUGGUUGGAAUGACAAGAGUGCAGCUGAAAUGGCUGAAUCACAUCUUUUCAUUCUCUCUUGUGUUAUUGCCGGACUUGUUGGUCUGUUAACUAUAGCCUAUACAGCCUUCCAAUGGAGGAGAAAUAUUAAUUUAAGUUGGAUGAAAGCAGUGGCCAGGUCAAAGAAAAGCCCAAAGGCCAGGCAUAAGGCUCCUAUAGCUGGUCAUACUUGGGUUCUGGAAUCUGUGUCCCGUCGAAAAAACUUGAGUUGCUGUGUGUGCUUAAAGUCAAUGUCUCCUUCCCAAACCCUUGGGCCAAUGGUUGCUUCAGACAGUUUUAUUCAGCGUUGUAGCAUUUGUGGUGCAGCAGCUCACUUGAGCUGCUGUUCAAAAGCACAGAAGGAUUGCAAGUGUGUAUCUAUGAUUGGAUAUGAGCAUGUGAUGCACCAAUGGGCAGUUAGAUGGACAGAGCUUGCUGAUCAACCUGAUGAAGCUUCUUUUUGUAGCUACUGUGAAGAACCAUGUACUGCAUCUUUUCUUGGUGGAUCACCUAUAUGGUGUUGCUUGUGGUGCCAUCGUGUUCUACAUGUGGACUGUCAUGGUAGUAUGUCCAAUGAAACAGGUGAUAUUUGUGAUUUAGGCUCACUCAGAAGGUUGAUUCUUUCACCUCUUUGUGUAAAGGAACUAAACCGUAAUUCAGCUGGCAGAUUUCUGAGCUCAAUUACACAUGGAGCAAAUGAGAUUGCUUCUUCAGUACGUGCAAGCAUUAGGCCUCAGGGCAAGAAGUACAAGCAUGAUAAUGAACCCUCAUUCGACACAGAUAUUUGUGGUAGCACCUGUGAUACAUCCACAGACAGCACGGCUGAGACGUCUCAAACUGUUAAUGGUCCUCAUCCUAUCGAAGAAAGCUGUAAUGGUAGAAUGAAUGGGAUUAGUCCACAACAAGAUGGUGAUGUUGAUAAGAAACUGGAUUCCAAGCCUAGUCUCAAAAGAAGUGGGUCAAUUAAUCAGAAGGAUGAAUCUCAAAUACUAGGAAUGAAACAAAGAUAUGAGUUGAUUGACUUGCCAACAGAUGCAAGACCUUUGUUAGUUUUCAUCAACAAUAAGAGUGGGGCACAACGUGGAGAUUCCCUCAGACAACGUUUAAACCUUCUUUUGAAUCCUGUCCAGGUAUUUGAGUUGAGUCCAACACAGGGACCAGAGGUUGGUCUUUUUUUAUUCCGAAAGGUGCCUCACUUCAGAGUUCUUGUAUGUGGAGGAGAUGGUACUGUUGGCUGGGUUCUUAAUGCAAUAGAAAAGCAAAAUUUUGUUUCUCCUCCUCCAGUUGCUAUCCUUCCUGCUGGCACUGGAAAUGAUCUGGCUAGAGUACUGUCCUGGGGUGGUGGUUUGGGCUCAGUGGAGAAACAAGGAGGCCUUUCAACUGUCUUGCACCACAUAGAGCAUGCUGCAGUGACUAUUCUUGACCGCUGGAAAAUAAACAUCCUUAAUCAAGAGGGGAAGCAACUUCAGUCACCACAAUUUAUGAACAACUAUCUUGGCGUUGGUUGUGAUGCAAAGGUUGCUUUGGACAUUCACAAUUUAAGGGAGGAGAAUCCUGAGAAGUUUUACAAUCAGUUCAUGAACAAAGUUCUUUAUGCAAGAGAAGGUGCCAAGAGUAUAAUGGAUAGGACAUUUGCAGAUUUAUUUUGGCAAGUUAGAGUGGAGGUAGAUGGUACUGAGAUAGAGCUGCCGGAGGAUGCAGAAGGGGUACUUGUGGCAAACAUUGGAAGCUACAUGGGUGGUGUAGAUCUGUGGCAAAAUGAAGAUGAAACAUAUGAUAAUUUUUAUCCACAGUCUAUGCAUGAUAAGAUUCUAGAGGUUGUGAGCAUUUCUGGCACGUGGCACCUUGGAAAGCUUCAGGUGGGGCUUUCUCGUGCUCGAAGACUUGCACAGGGACAGUUAAUUAAGAUACAGCUUUUUGCCCCCUUUCCUGUUCAAAUUGAUGGGGAACCUUGGUUUCAGCAACCUUGUACAUUGGUCAUAUCGCAUCAUGGGCAGGCCUUCAUGUUGAAGAGGGCAUCUGAGGAACCUCUAGGCCAUGCAGCUGCCAUAAUAGCUGAUGUCCUUGAGAAUGCUGAGACGAACCAUGUCAUUAAUACUUCACAGAAGCGUGCUCUUCUUCAAGAAAUGGCACUGAGGCUGACUUGAAGGUUUUAUUUUAGCAAGUCCAGUUAGCAACUAGAGUUUUGUUCUGAAAUUUUUCUUUAGUUUAAUAUUUGCUUGUUCCUUUACUCCAGUGUCGUGUCACGGCUUCAGCAGAUUAAGCAUCUUUGUAUACAAACACUACUCAAAAAUUUAAUACAAGGGCCCUCAGAAAAGUGUUAUGAGGGAGUGGAAUUUUGAAGAUUUUGUAUUCAAAAUUAGUGAUUGUGAUUAAGGAAAUGGUAAAGCCUUUUGCUUUUGAUUCCAUUCGGAUCUGUACAAACUAUCAAGAAUUGAGUUUCAUACGUGUUUGCCAUGAAAACUACAGUUCGC